GCAAAGUCGUUCAAUUGCAAACCAAUUAUGGCUGAACGGACAAGUCGGCGGCGGUCCUUCCGCUUUAGGAUGCCUAGGCUGCUGACCCCAGCACGUGCCACUACCAAACCCCCAACUGAGUCCCAACCUCCAACCAAGCAAGCUACUGAAAUACCAAUUCAAGGAUCACAGUUUCAACCUCCAAGAAGACCACCAGGCAAUACACCCUCGCCCCAACUCCAAGCCCAACCACAGACCGAGUCUCAACCCCCCUCACCAUCUAGCACUGCUCCAUUGCGAUUACCUUCACAACCUCCAUCACCAUCUCUUACUGCAUCUCCACCAUCUCGUAAGGUGCCUCCAUCACCUCAAUCACAGAAAACAUUUCAAUCCCCUUCCCCAUCUAAGACUUCUCCAUUGCGAUUACCUUCACAACCUCCAUCACCAUCUCUCACUGCAUCUCCACCAUCUUGUAAGGUUCCUCCAUCACCUAAAUCACAGAAAGCAUUUCAGCCCCCAUCACCAUCCCCCACACCUCAAUUGCAACCAGCAGCAGCACAGAGAGCUUCAUUACCCCCGUCAACACCUAGUAAGGAUGUUCCAUCACCAUCUCAUACAGCCUCCCAGCCUCCAUCUCCAUCCCAUACUGCUCCUCCUCAACAAACUCAUAGAACAAUCCCACUAUCCCCAUCUCCAUCUCGCACAGCCCCUGAGGAACAACCAGAGUCUCAAGCUGCCUCCCAGCCCUCAUCACCAACCCAGCAAGCACCACCAUCACUACCAACAACUCAAGCAAGCUCCCUCUUGUCAAUGCAAUCUCAAAAGACCUCUCAGCUCCCAUCCCCAUUAAUGUUACCGGCUGCCCAAUAUGAGCCAGCAUUGCCCCAGCCACCAUCCCAAAAACCACAGCCUUUGGUAGAAACCUCAUCUAAAUCUGUCCAUCCCUCCCAAAAUGAAAACCAAAUAAGAACUACAACUAACUCUGAUGAUGCAGCAAAAUACCCAUCCCAGGCAUCAGACCAAGUUGUGGCAGGUACAUCCCCUUCCAGAGAAGUUCGAGAGACACCUUUCCUGCAACAGACAUCUCCAAGAGCAGAAGAAACCAAAGCAGAACAGAAAAGAAGCCUAGAACCAAAGAGAGAGAAGCCCAAACCACCAGCUGAUGAGGAACCAAAGCAAAGGACAAUCACGGAACUCAUCAGCUUGGCCUCGGGAUUGAGCGCAAAGACAAGAGGGCAGCCAAAUAUAACACCUCAAGAUGGGCAAAAGAAGCAGGAGAAGCAAGCAGCACUAGAAGGAAAGCAAACCACAGAAACUGGCUUUAAAGAAAGAGAGAGCAAAGUGGUUACCGCAUACCCAAAAGAAAGGAGAAUGGGCAGUGUACCUCGCCCAGAAUCGACAACAUUUCUUGGUGACCAAGGCAUUUUGCAGAGAGAUAUCAGGGAAGACAUUUCAAAGUUUGUCAACAAACUGGCAAUGGGAGAUCCAAGACAGGCUAUAGAUGAAAAAUCAGCAACCGUUAUAACCAUGGCUGGCGAAAAUAGAGGAGCUGCCAUGCAUGUAGGUACUGAGUCAGCAAAACGAGAAGGAUCAGUUCCCAUUCAUAGGAGCUAUAAACUCGACCAGCACGACAACAUGGAGACAACCACAGAUGAAGAAGGUAGCUCACAGAGGAGGAUGGAGAAUCCAAAGACGGGUGAAGACAUGACAACCUCAGCAUACAUUAAUAGCAACGUGCAGAGUAUCAACAACUCCAUUGUUUUAAACAGUUCCUGUAGUGAAAUAAAUCCUGGAGUUCACCUCAUUCUCUCUCAGAAAGCAAAAGAACCAAUCAAUACAGAAGAGAAAAGUGAGAGUAUUGAGGCAAGCAAAUCAGAGCUCAACAUAACCCCAGCUCAGAAGCUCACUCAUGAGCCAACAGUCAGAAGACGGUGCCUCAGAGGCCUUUUCUUGGAAUCCAGUGACAAUGAUCAAAACAAACCUGAAAAGCCUCGCCGUCAUGGUUGUCGACACACCUGUGAGAAGAAACAGGACAAAGACAAGCAAACUGAAGAAUAUGUACAUAAAUAAUGAUAAUAUUCAUAGUCCAAAGCAUGCUAACAUCUUUUCCCUUUGGCAUGUAUUAUCUUGUUUCCAGCUGCUGUGGCUUGUGUGGAGCCAAAAGGUAUAUUGGUCGCAUUACUGAGUUCUAUCUGAACAUUUAGAUCUA